ACAAACGGCGAAUACAGCGACCUCAAGAUCAUCUGCAAUGGCGCCACCUACAAAGUUCACCGUCUCAUCCUGUGCAGCCAGAUCAACUUCUUCGAAAGGGCGUGCAAAGGAUCUUGGAGGGCGAGCGCCAUUGACCUCAGCCACGAUGAUAGCUAUGCAGUUGGCGCGAUGAUUCGCUACGCCUAUAGAGAUCAUUACGGUCCUGCUGAGAAUCUCGACCCUGAAGAACAAGUGCUGCGCCAUGUCCACGUCCACGCCAUCGCCGCUAAAUACAACAUACCGGGAUUACAGACGAUGGCCAAGGAUUACCUGAAGAUACUGGUGGCUGAACACUGGGACAAGGAUUGGUUUGCGGACAUCAUUCGAUCCAUUUACGAAACUACUAUCUCCUCCGACCGUGGUCUUCGCGACGUUGUCGUUGAUAUGAUCAUGGAGCAU